AUGCUCACCGCUCACAAAAACAAUGUACAUCCCUCACCUAUUCCCUUCACCCAUUCCUUUCUCCGAUUCUUUUCAGCUACUCCCUUCACCCACUCCCUUAACCCACUCCCCUCACCCAUCCCCUUCACCCACUCCCUUCACCCACUCGCUUCAACUACUCCUUCAUUCACCCAUUUCACCUACUCCCUUCACCCAGUCCCCUCACCUAUUCCCUUCACCCAUUCCUUUCUCCCAUUCCAUUCAAUACUCCAUUUACCCACUCUCUUAACGCGUCCCCUCACCUAUUCCUUUCACUCAUUCCUUUCUCCUCUUCCCUUCACCCUCUCCCUUAACCCAGUUCUCACAUCCAUUCCCUUCACCCACUCACUUCACCCACUCCCUUCAACCACACCUUCAUUCAACCCUUCACUUACCCCCUUCUCCCAGUCACCUCACCUAUUCCAUUCACUCAUUCCUUUCACCCAUUUUUUCACCUACUCCUUUCACCCACUCCCUUCACCCACUCCCUUCAACCACUCGCUUCACCCACUCCCCACACCUACUUCUUUCACCACUCUCCUCACCCACUGCCCUCAACCACUCGCUUCAUCCACUCCCUUUACUCACUCCCCUCACCUACUCUCUUCACCCAUUUCUUUAACCCAUUCCUUUCACCUACUCUUUUCACCUACUCCCUUCAGCCACUCCCCACACCUACUCCCUUCAUCCACUCGCUUCACCCACUCCCUUCAUCCAUUCCUUUCACACAUUUUUAUCUACUCCUUUCACCCGGUUCCUUAA